UUCAUUCCUCACCUACAAUGGCUUCUCUCUCUCUUCCCAAGCACACCUUUACCUCUCUACUCCCAACUCAAACUCCUAAACACUACUACCCAUCUUCUCAAAUAGUCUCUAAAUCAUCAAAUUCCAAAUUCUAUGGCCUCAAGCUCUCCAAUGCCACCUCUUUGCCAUUCCCAUCUUCCUCUUCUGGGAUGAAUAUCAUUUGUGGCAAGGUUGAUAAAGGCAAAGUUCCUCCAAAUUUUAACUUAAAAGAUCAGGAUGGUAAAUCUGUCAGCCUCUCCAAAUUUAAAGGAAAGCCUGUGGUUGUUUAUUUUUACCCUGCUGAUGAGACCCCAGGGUGCACCAAACAGGCUUGUGCUUUCAGAGAUUCUUAUGAGAAGUUCAAAAAAGCUGGAGCACAGGUUGUUGGGAUUAGUGGUGAUGACUCAGCUUCACACAAGGCUUUUGCAAAGAAGUACAAGCUUCCAUUCACCUUGCUAAGUGAUGAGGGUAAUAAAGUGAGGAAAGAAUGGGGGGUGCCAUCUGAUCUGUUUGGGACAUUGCCUGGAAGACAGACCUAUGUUCUUGACAAGAAUGGAGUGGUUCAACUCGUCUACAACAACCAGUUCCAACCUGAGAAGCACAUCGAUGAAACACUUAAGCUACUUCAGAGCCUUUAAACCUCUCCUGGUUUAGUUUUUCCCCAUCACUCUGUUCAGUCU